GUUACCUAAAUGAAAAUGUCCUCGACUCUCAGCUCCCCAUCGCCGAACAACAGCAACCUUUUCACGGCGAGCUACGAGAGGACGGACCUCACGGAGGCGCAAAGACAGAUGAGCCUGCUUCUAUUCGGCUUGUGCGUCGCCAUCGCCGCUCUUACCUUCUUGGGAAGUGUUUAUUCUCUCUUCUUUUUCAUUCGGAUGAGGUGGAAAACCAUCCUGUGGCUCAUCGUGGCUUCAAUGUCCGUGGACGACCUGCUCAGCGUGAUACCUCUCUCCCUCUUCAUGCUCCUCCAGUGGGAGAGAGAUGGAGAGGGAGGGUCGGUGACCAUAUGCACGUUAUCGGGACUUCUCUAUGUGUUCCAAGGACUCUCCAGCAAUAUGAAGGCUUGCCUUAUCGCAGCCUAUACCUUUUACGUUACCAAGCGAGAAGGAAGCCCUCGGCCGUUAAGGGUGAUGUUGGCGAUAGCCGGGGUGUGGGUAGUCAGCCUGUCCGUCAGUGUACUACCCCUGUGCGGCUGGGGGACUUUCACUCGGCUCUCUCUCGGCUGCUUCCCGGAGAGACGAAGUUUUUACCUUCUGAUCCUUUUUUCUUUGUACUCCGUGUGUUUCUGCGGAUUGGUGAUCUUCUUCGUUCCUCUCACCUACCAGCUUCUGUGCUCCAGAGAGCCACAGGGGACGUUAUACCCGAGCUACUUGGAUAUAGCCAGGGAUCUGAGAGGGGACGGGUCUGCGCCUCUCUGCGAACUCCCGUCCUUCUCUCGGGAUAGCUUGGACAGAAGUUUCAGUACCUACAACGAGCUGAGUCCGGGUGGGUUGGGGAAAGUGCUAGGGGUGCGGGACAAAGUGGAAACAUACACCUGUUCAAACCCUGCCUCUGACGGUGUACCGAGGGAUGGCGGUACCAUCUGGAACUGGGAAUCCACGGUGUUCUUUGCACAAAAGCGCUUCUCCAUGAUCCUAGCGGUGGUGAGAGUUGUCUUGUGGAUGCCUAUGAUGACUGUGGUGCUCGUGCGUCAUGCUGUAAACGCCAACAGCUCAUACCUGGAGGCGGUGGAAACGGUGAGCUUCUUCCUGACCCUGCUGGCGCCUGCCGUCACGCCGGUGUUCAUGCUCUCCGAUCGCUGGAUCCACCUGCCGUGCGGCUGCUUCAUCAACUGCCCGCGGGACACAGAGCAUGAGCCCACCGCAAAGAAGAGGUUUGAAUUUAACCUCUCCUUCCAAAAAGGGUUCGGAAUAUACAAGAUAUCGCACGCGACCAAACCCCACCGAAACCCGUCCAUCGAGAAGCCUUCCUAUUACAACUUCUUCAACUGCGACUUCGCCGAAAACCAGUUUGCGGUGCUGGACAGCUCCGGGGUCGUGAGCCUGCAGGCCGAGCUGGAGUUCAGAACCCCACGUGCAGUGGACAGUUCCCCACUGCGUGAACAUGGCGAGCUGCUUCUCGAAGUAGUGCCAGGUGGAGGAGAGACCCUGGCGCUGGCAGACUGCCUCCAAUUUCCUCACGAUAACCACAGAGACCAGGACCUCAACCUCACCGACACGUCGUCGGUGUUCGAGGGAACGGAACGGAGACUGUCGCAUGUAGAGUGCAGAAAAAUGGAGCUGAUGGACUGGGAGUGGUGUAGGAGUAAAUCAGAGAGGACCCCCAGACAGAGAUCUGGGGGAGGUCUGGCCCUCCCUCUGUGUGCCUUCCAGGGCACCGUCUCCCUGCAUGCCCCCACAGGGAAGACCCUCUCCCUCUCCACCUACGAGGUCAGCAGCGACGGCCUCACCAUCUCCCCCCACGCCACCAAGAAGGUGGAGGUCUACCGCUCAAAGUCUGUAGGCCACGAACCCAGUGCAGACGACCCCACCACCAGGGACCCGGACGGGGGAGUGGGGAUGGAGGUGGAGGUGGGAGAGGUGGGAAUGCGGGACACCAAUGUGAAGAUCCACCUGGAGGUGUUGGAGAUCUGUGACAACGAGGAGGCCACGGACAGCGUGUCCAUCAUCUCUAACAUCAGCCAGUCGUCCACCCACGCCCGCUCCCCGUCGCUGCGCUAUUCUCGGAAGGAGAACCGCUUUGUCUCCUGUGACCUGGGGGAGACAGCCUCCUACUCACUGCUCAUCCCCAACAGUGGCAACCCCGAGGUGGACAACAUCAACAUCAACAUCCCUGACACGGUGGAGGCCCACCGGCAGAACAGUCGCAGACAGAAACAGGAGACGGGAGGCUACCGCGAGGAGAUACAGCUGCUCAACGAAGCCUACAGGAAGCAGGAAGAGGACAGAGAAGACUGAUACACACAGGGAGCAGGAAGUGGACAGAGAAGUCUGAUACAUACACAGGAAGCAGGAAGAGACAGGAAGGGAUGAGGUGGAGAGAAGGUGAUGCAGGAUUAAGGGAUGAGGUGGAGAGAAGGUGAUGCAGGACUAAGGGAUGAGGUGGAGAGAAGGUGAUGCAGGACUA